AUUAUAUUACUCAGCCCUAAUCAUAAUCAUCUAGGCGAUAGGAUGAAGUAUUGUCGACACUCGAACACCACCAUAUCAGGAGGGGGCCUAUCCAGUCUUGGAUUGAUUGAUUAAAUGACCCCCUUUCACAUCCUUUACAUCGUCGGCAGACCUCUCCAUUCAUUCCACCCCCCGACUCAGCUGAAUCGACUAAAGUUAAUCUGUGCUCCCAUGAACGUGGGGGCGAAGGAGUCCGGACCCUGAUCCUGACCGCUAUCUGGAGACACCUUUACAGAGCCCCAACCUUAAUGGGCUGUACCUUGUUGCAUCCCUCCCGGAAGACAGGCCUCGUAUCCAUACAUUGUGGCUCGUCAGGCUCAUAAGUCCUAGUCUAUUACCUGCUGGCUCCACUAGCAAGGGAAAGACGAUCGGAAUAGCUACGCGACGCGGUUUUGAAUGUGACUCUCCCUCGAGACCAUACAGACGCCUUGAUGUGAUUAAUAAACCGCUGGCCUCACCAUGUUAGGAGUAUUGAUGUGACAUCUCUCCUCAAAUACAUCGUACCUGCAGCAAGCCUCGACGUGGCCGAAUAAGAUACACGGACCAUCGAAACUGAUGAUCAUAAUUGAUAUAUCAGUAUAACUGAAGACGAUCGAUAUUCGUCUCAUUGAUCAUGGUCGGAAUACCAAAGAGCAAUCGUUGCACGUUUUGCAAGUUGCGGAAGACCAAGUGUGAUGAAAACUGGCCGACAUGUGGUGCAUGUGCUCGGGCCGGGAAAGUCUGUUCUGGAGCGAGGAAUAAUUACAAGUUUGUGGUGAACGGGUGCCACAACGAGGAGCCAACCCCGAAGUCUAGUGACUCGGAUGACGCUAGCAUAUCAUCUUGCGAUGGCAGUCAGAUUACGGACCCACUGUCGCGACGGAGCAGCCCCGGUGGUACGAUCAUCGUUGAUAUGAAGGAGUAUACGGCCAGUCUAGGUCCCGGGACCUUCCACCGAAUGCGUCUAACACGCCCGCAUCGUCCCAGGAGUGUUAAGCGCGGCAGGCCGACAUCGACAUCGACACCGUCGCCAACCCCAUCCCCGGUUAUGAGCCCAUCGGAUCGACUAGCCUCCCAAUUCAUUUCCUGUAUAGAGGCUGCAUCGGGAACAGGCCACGAUUUGCUGAUAUGGGGCCCUUCGAUAAAGAUGAUACCGCAACGGCUGGGCUCGGAAAGUCCGGUAUUACGACACACCGUUGAAUUAGUCGUCGCCUCAUGGUCGAACAGCCAACGGGAUGUAAUGUCGCCGGAGACAUGGCUAGAUUUGCAGCUUCAUAUGCAAGCUUUAGGGAGCCUACGGAAAGCACUGGCAGAGCCUUCUCAGGGGUUGGUGAUAGAUACGAUUACAGCACAGUGGCUGCUGCAGAAACUCGAGCUCACAUACGACUUUGAGCGGGGAGCGAACCGAGAGAAUCAUGCAGCGGGACUGACCGCCGUUAUUAGCAGAGGAGGUCCGUGGCAAGGGUUUCAAGACUUGGGACUCUACGCCACGUUUGAUAGUUUUUUCAACAUGCUUCAAGAAGACGUCCGCCAAGGAAGAGACAGCGUAUUUAUGAAUUAUGAGUGGAUAACAGCUUUUAGACAAGCCGUGGAUGGCAGUAUGCUCCGUCCUGUCGUUAAGGCCAUGUAUCGCCUCUGGAUCGAGAUGACUGUCUGGCCAACUUUAGUAAGACUAGUCCGCGUUCUCGCCCAGGAUCCCUCGGAUACGAUGACUGCAGCUGAGCUUUUAUUUAGAGCUUCGCCCGUCAUAGAGUACCUGGAACAGGAGAGCGAAGCUACCUUAGCCUCACUGAGAGAGUUGGGCGAUAUAAUUGAGGUGGAGAACCUCUUAGAUGCUGACCUGUUCCCGACAUGUUACCAAUUCUGCGACAUCGAUACCGCAAAAUUCUUUUACACCCACGCGAUGUACAGCAUCAUAAUACACCGAACCAUGCAGGAAGCAAAUCUGGUUUUAGACCACUAUAUCUCGAGUGUGAUGAAGAAAUGCCGAGAAUUCAGUAAGCGGAUAUGGAUGGCCUAUCCUUGGAUGAGGACGCAGAGGCCGCUCGCGAUUGAGUACACAGCUGCACUGGCGUUUUCUUAUGAAUCUGCGAAUGAAGAGGAACGAGAAUUUUGUAUCAGAAGUUUGGAUGAUAUGGAAUAUUUCAGGAGGCCACCCCCAAUAGGAAGGUGGAUAGAUGCGACCAUCAUGGCUAACGUGAAGGGAUACACCGGCCGCAUGCCUUUCAUUAAGGAACAAGAUAUUACUAUCGAGCUUUGUGGGUUAGGUUGCCGUUGCUAACUGGAAGUAGGAAUAUCCCAAGGGGGAUUACAAAUGAUAGGCAAUGUUCAUUGACCCCGACAGAGGGCACAAGGCGUUAUAUUAGGAUUGGGAGUUUGCAAUGUGAUUGGUA